GGUAGAAGUUCCGCGUGUGUAGACUGUGUAUGUUUACCCAUUUCCUGGAAGGCUUUCAGUUUAAUUUCACAGCAUAAUGAAUCACUGUAACUGAUGGAUAUCAGGCAUGCUUUAAAACUGAAAUAAGUUUGUUGAUCGAUUUGUGAUUGGAAGCGUUUGCUGAAAUCGAUCUAAAGGGAAAACCAUGGAAAAUACAACGGUAAGCUACAAGCAGAUUGGUGCCGCAUUUUAUUUUUUGUAUCCACAGUAUUUGGGAUCAGGGGCGUAGCUAGGGCUGGUGGCGCCCGGGCCUGACCAAGUUGUUGUUUUUUUACCGCCCCGCUUAAAGGAGAACAGCUGUGCAGUUGGUCAAAAUGCCACUCUUCCAAUUGAACGAAAAAUGUGCUGCCAGGGGCGGAUCGCACUCACCUCACCCCCUCUUCCAGCGCCACUGUUUUGGAAUAUAUCAAAUACACGACCGGUAGAUGGGGAGUGUCGCAAACAGUGGUUGAUACAGAUUUGGAUGGGGGUAGGGGACAAGCGUGGUACGUGUCACCAUUGUUUAUGUUUCCUUGCAAUAUUGUCUAUAGCUGUCAGAAGCCUACCUAACUCUAAGUGUAUCAUGAAAUCCUCCCAGAAUUUUAUAAUCUAAUCUAACCAUAAGUGAAUGCAUUGGGCUGAUUGAAUGAUCAUAAGGGUGCGGGACAAUGUGAAGUGAAAAUUGCUGUUUCUUAAGGAAAUCACGUGUCGGUUGUGGAAUACAAAACAGCAAAAGGGAGGAAGAAAUCAAUAUUUAGGCCCAUACAUCGACACGAUUAGCACUCGUCUCCAACCAACGUGAAACAUGUUUGUUUGGCAUAGCGUGCAUCAUAUAUGUGUGCUUUGAUUUAUGUUAUAGAUAUUUUGGUGCUCGCGCACCAGCUGUAUGCUUGGAUUCAUGUUAAAGAGUAAUUGGUACUUGUAUGCUUGGAUUCAUGUUAAAGAGUAAUUGGUACUUGUAUGCUUGGAUUCAUGUUAAAGAGUAAUUGGUACUUGUAUGCUUGGAUUCAUGUUAAAGAGUAAUUGGUACUUGUAUGCUUGGAUUCAUGUUAAAGAGUAAUUGGUACUUGUAUGCUUGGAUUCAUGUUAAAGAGUAAUUGGUACUUGCGCACCAGCUGUAUGCUUGGAUUCAUGUUAAAGAGUAAUUGGUACUUGCGUACCAGCUGUUUGCUUGGAUUCAUGUUAAAGAGUAAUUGGUACUUGCGCACCAGCUGUAUGCUUGGAUUCAUGUUAAAGAGUAAUUGGUACUUGCGCACCAGCUGUUUGCUUGGAUUCAUGUUAAAGAGUAAUUGGUACUUGCGCACCAGCUGUAUGCUUGGAUUCAUGUUAAAGAGUAAUUGGUACUUGCGCACCAGCUGUUUGCUUGGAUUCAUGUUAAAGAGUAAUUGGUACUUGCGCACCAGCUGUUUGCUUGGAUUCAUGUUAAAGAGUAAUUGGUACUUGUAUGCUUGGAUUCAUGUUAAAGAGUAAUUGGUACUUGCGUACCAGCUGUAUGCUUGGAUUUAUGUUAAAGAGUAAUUGGUACUUGCGCACCAGCUGUAUGCUUGGAUUCAUGUUAAAGAGUAAUUGGUACUUGUAUGCUUGGAUUCAUGUUAAAGAGUAAUUGGUACUUGUAUGCUUGGAUUCAUGUUAAAGAAUAAUUGGUACUUGUAUGCUUGGAUUCAUGUUAAAGAGUAAUUGGUACUUGUAUGUUUGGAUUCAUGUUAAAGAGUAAUUGGUACUUGCGCACCAGCUGUAUGCUUGGAUUCAUGUUAAAGAGUAAUUGGUACUUGCGCACCAGCUGUUUGCUUGGAUUCAUGUUAAAGAGUAAUUGGUACUUGCGCACCAGCUGUAUGCUUGGAUUCAUGUUAAAGAGUAAUUGGUACUUGCGUACCAGCUGUAUGCUUGGAUUCAUGUUAAAGAGUAAUUGGUACUUGCGCACCAGCUGUAUGCUUGGAUUCAUGUUAAAGAGUAAUUGGUACUUGCGUACCAGCUGUUUGCUUGGAUUCAUGUUAAAGAGUAAUUGGUACUUGCGUACCAGCUGUAUGCUUGGAUUCAUGUUAAAGAGUAAUUGGUACUUGCGUACCAGCUGUAUGCUUGGAUUCAUGUUAAAGAGUAAUUGGUACUUGCGUACCAGCUGUAUGCUUGGAUUCAUGUUAAAGAGUAAUUGGUACUUGCGUACCAGCUGUAUGCUUGGAUUCAUGUUAAAGAGUAAUUGGUACUUGUAUGCUUGGAUUCAUGUUAAAGAGUAAUUGGUACUUGCGUACCAGCUGCAUGCUUGGAUUCAUGUUAAAGAGUAAUUGGUUCUUGCGUACCAGCUGCAUGCUUGGAUUCAUGUUAAAGAGUAAUUGGUACUUGCGUACCAGCUGUAUGCUUGGAUUCAUGUUAAAGAGUAAUUGGUACUUGCGUACCAGCUGUAUGCUUGGAUUCAUGUUAAAGAGUAAUUGGUACUUGCGCACCAGCUGCAUGCUUGGAUUCAUGUUAAAGAGUAAUUGGUACUUGCGCACCAGCUGUUUGCUUGGAUUCAUGUUAAAGAGUAAUUGGUACUUGUGCACCAGCUGUAUGCUUGGAUUCAUGUUAAAGAGUAAUUGGUACUUGCGUACCAGCUGUAUGCUUGGAUUCAUGUUAAAGAGUAAUUGGUACUUGCGCACCAGCUGUAUGCUUGGAUUCAUGUUAAAGAGUAAUUGGUACUUGCGUACCAGCUGUAUGCUUUGAUUCAUGUUAUAGGGUCAUUAGUACUCGCGUACCAGCUGUAUGCUUUAAUGCAGUGAAUUCCUUCUUGUUCUUAUUUACGUUCUUCAUAAUAAAAUAAAGCAAACAACUGUGGUUACACGAGGAAACGCAAUGAACAUAUUCUAACACAGAACCCUCAAAGAAUUUUUAAUUGUGUAUUGACUCUCUCGUCCUCUCCUCGGUGCUUGACCAAUCCAGCUCCUUUUUUCUUCUCUUUUCUCCACAGGACACACGUCUGAUCUUUCCGAUAUUUUCUUUUCAACAUCUUUUAUUUUGAAAUUUCUUUUGCAAACAUCUGUUGAUAAAAAUCUUUUGGUUUUCUUUCACCUUAUUCAUUUUUUUUUCAUUUUUUUUUCUGAUUCAGUCCAUUGGCCUCCAGGGCUUCAAUAUCUACGUCAUCAACCACUGGCUUCUCAUUGCAAUCGUCCCCAUCCUAGUGCUACUGUCUUUCUUGGAGAAGAGAAAAAGCCACCAGGACAUCUGUCAGGGCCGCCCAGCACUCAUCAUACCAUUCUCAUUCCUGGAUGGCUUCGACAACAGAACAGCCUACGCCAUGGCAUUUGGCACCAUCACCAGCACCAUCGUUUCGCUCAUCACGUCAGAAAACACCCUUGGAUUCGAUCUGCCUCUGUGGGGCAAAGCGCUGUACGUGUACCUUCAGGCUUUCAUCGGUUGCUUGACGUGUUUCCCGCUGUUCGCUUGCCUCUCCACCAGGUACCGGGCCCUCGGAACCAUCAUCUGCAUAUUUUAUUCGGCGCUGUGGUUGAGUCUGAACAUGGUUCAGACGAUAAAAAACGUGCAAGAGAGCGCCAACAACACCCUGUGGUUCGGCACAUCCCAAGACCCUGUCCUGCUCAACUUGGCCAAGGCGAGUGCAGUUCUGCAAGGUCUCCCGUCAAUCUGCUGCUACGUGGUUCUGAUCGGAUAUUGCAUCUUCAUCCUCCAGCGAUGCAUUCGCUCGGGUGUGUAUAUGAACAAACACGUUCCAGGAACUGUGAAGCCACACCAGGAAGAGCAUGUCCGGUGGGUUUUCCGAAAAUCCAAGGACAAGACCUUAAACCCAGGAGGCUUCAUGUCAAACAAAACAUUUGUGGAACUCAUGCACCAAGACAGGAAACUAAAACUUUUGAAAAGUCUUCCGUUCUUCAAAUACCCAACCCGAAUAUUUGCUGUUGCGUUUGUUCAGCUGAACAUCAUCUACUGGAUGGGGAUGCUGCUCAUCUCAGGCACGAUCCAGGCGCUCUACAGCAUUUUCUUAUCCGUUAUGAAGAAGAGCGAGAUCACGUCUGCCGACCGUGAACAAAUCGCCAUCGUCUGCAUCUGCGCUUCUGUCUCUCUCCUCGUUUCGAUUUCCAAUUCACUCGUGCACAUUUUGCUGGCCACGAGAAAUUACCGCUACCACAUGCUGAAAAUUUACCAAGGCGACAAGUCGUUCUUGCCUAGCGCCACAGCCGCCUCGUCGCAGUACGUGCUGACCAGCAGCAUGAUCUACCCGGGCUACCAGAUAGCGUUCAUGAUGUGGGGCUUGGUUCUCAGCUUCGGUUUCAUUCUUUUGAUAUCUCUGCUGGUCGCCGAGCCUCUCUACUUACUCGCCAGCUUUGACAUGCUGGGGAAAGCUUUCCGUAAACUAGGAGAGCUGCUCAGCUUUCCCGCCACAAUGCUUCUGUUGUUCUACAUUCAGGUCUUCGUCAGUAAAAAACUUUUACUUCAAGACAAGGUGACGCCUUUGGAUAAGUACCCGCCUCUCAAUGUCAACAACAGAAAACUCUACGAGUUGGUGAACUACUAUUCUAUUUUCACCAACAUGGCCGUCGGUUUGUUUACGUGUCUGUUUCGAAUAGCUUUGAGCGCGUUUUUUGGAAUAUUUUCAGUCGACCGCUUGGACAAGAGCGUCUUCACCCGGGACAUGGAGAAAUUCGACAACGGUUACAGGGCGUAUCUGUCCAUGCUGCUGGUGGACAAUGCGCACAACAACCCAAGCAUGAGGGUGUUCGCGCACCUGCUGUGGACCAGAACACUGGCGGCACGUUUCAGGAACAGUCAGAGCGAGCCGGGAUACCGCGAUGAAACACCUCUGAGCCCACCCAGUCCCCGGCUUGACCACAGGUCAUACGGCGCAGCGGCUCUGGCUUCCAGAGGAGGUCCCACCAUUGUGGAAGGUUUUGACAAUUCUUGGACGCACUGCGACAUCAACAACUGCGCUGUCUCUAAACCGGCGAGGAUUCGUUGGUUCCUUGCCUACACUCUGAUACGCAACCCACAGUUGGGGAGAUUCAGGAAACAAUGCCUGGCGCUCUCCGAGGACAGCAGCUUGAUAAAUUUGGCAAAUAACGAUUCGGUCGAACACAGUGAGAUAAUCUCAUUCAGCUAAACAGACUUAUGAAACACUGUCUGGAGCACUCUGAGGACAAAUUUGUUAAAUUUAGCAGAUAAUGAGAGAAUCUCAUUGAGCUGAGCAUGGACUAAUAAGGAGGUUUUGAUACAUGUUUUUAAAAUUUGAUCAUCAAAUGACUCAUUGGGUAUAACUCACACAUUCCUGAUCUGAACUAUUUCUAAUAAGGAUGUUUUGAUACAUGUUUUUAAAGUUUAAUCAUCAAAUGACUCAUAGGGUAAAACUCACACAUUUUCUGAUCUGAACUAUUACUAAUGGAUCCCUUCUACACUUUGGAGUUUUCAUUUUUUUUUCAUUCUAUUUAAAAUCUCACAAAUCGCACACAUUAAUUCAUAUUAUUAUUUUAUAAAUAGAUACAUUUUAUCCACAUAGGCUAUUUUUCCCCAUCCCAAAUAAACUUUAACUUCAGAGUGAGAUGCGAAGCACACGACUGAAGGUCUUUAGGAGAACGUCCUCAUGACAGCAGAUUUCCUGCAGGAUUUGAUUAAAUCAGGGCGGUUAGACGGAGAUCCUUCACAUAACUGAUACGCGAGCAGAAAUUAAGGCAAAGCGUUCAAUCAGACUUCCUACAGAAUUCCUAGGCAAAAUGUUUAAUGGCUCAUGUAUUUCACACUUUGACUAGCGCCAUGCAUUACAUAGAGUGCCUGGUGGGACCAAGGCAAAGUAUAUAGUAACACAUAAAGGGAUUCGAUUUAUAAAUAAGUGAACAGCAUAAACUAAUUUGAAGCAGCAGCUGUUAUAAAUGUUCUAGUUUGUUGAAUGCCCCUGGAAAUUACACAGUACUUUUUCUUGUUAAACUAAAUCAUUUUCUAUUCGACACUUGGUGUUACAUGUGCACUUGGCAAAUCCUUGUCCAGUUCCAGUAGACUGCUGUGUUCUGAGAGAGAUUUGUCGACUGGACAUAUGUAUAUAUAGGAAAGAAUUUUGUUAAAUGCAUGCAUAACACCAAGAAUCAAAAUAAAUAUAAAAUUAUAAAUAAUGCAAUUAUAUUUCAGACUACUGCAAUAAAUUGAAAUAAAAUCUGGAGAC